ACAUGUCGGGACCCGACCCAACAUAACUCUCUUGCCUAAUUCCCUGUCCACAGUGUGUCUCUAGUUCGUUGAACCCAGAAAAAGGUUUCCGAACUGAAACUAUGGGAUCCCCAAACCAACAAGGAGACUCCCCAUCACCAUCAUCAUCAACCUCCGUGGACUGGCGGCGUCGGAUAUUGAUCCCGACGAUCCUUGCAGGGGUUGCCGGUGGAGGCGUUGGGUUGGUGUCAAAGCAUCGGAAAGUGUACGGCCUCGCUAAUAUUUCAGCUACUUACGCCACUAAUUUCGCUAUUGUCACCGGCUGCUAUUGUGGAGCACGUGAGUUUGUAACAGCUACUCGUAAAACCGGACCUGAUGAUCUACUGAAUUCUGCAAUAGCUGGAUUUGGUACCGGUGCUAUUCUGGGUCGUCUUCAAGGUGGUCAAUUCGGUGCUUAUCGCUAUUCACUCAUCUUUGCUGUUGUUGGGACAGCAGUCGAUUUUGCUGCACUUAAGUUAAGACCUAAAUUACACGCCUUCAGUGAAUCUAUGUUUGACAAGAGCAGUUCGUUGAAAUUGCCCGAAUGGUCUCCUAUACAAGUGCUCGAUGAAGAAGCACUUGCUGCAAAACGAGCUCGAGAAGAAAAACUGUAUGAACAAAGAAAAGCUCUAAACAAAGAAGAAUCGUGAAAGCGGGCUAUGAUUCGUGUAUUUUUGUCUGUAGUCUCUUACAUAUGAUUAUUGGCAAUAAUGUUUUUCUGAUGGUGCUAGUUCAGCUGCUCGGCAGCUUGCUUUCAGAAUAUUGUAAUAACAUUCUUUGUUAACAUUAGCCAUAAUUUCAGAUUCCGAACGUCUUUCAAUGA